UGUGAAUAUUUGAAUACAAGAUUGAGGUUCAAAUCAGCAAGUUUAAGUCUGUGGCACAGCUAAGAUUGACACACAUCUAAGACUAUUUGGAUUCUCCACACAAUUCCUCCCAUACAAGAGUUGUAGCUGCGGGACCAUCGUGCUAGAGUGUUGAGCAAAUUGAGAAGCCAUAGGUUCUAAUUUUUAUUGGGGAAAUGGAUUCAGCCUUACAGCAGUGAUAUGUACAGAUUUACCAAGAGCAUGAAUCAAGAAAAGUUAGCCAAACUUCAAGCUCAGGUCCGGAUAGGGGGCAAGGGCACAGCUCGCAGAAAGAAGAAGGUGGUGCAUAGGACAGCUACUGCUGAUGACAAGAAGCUUCAGAGUUCUCUAAAGAAACUGGCUGUGAACAAUAUAGCUGGUAUUGAAGAGGUGAACAUGAUUAAAGAUGAUGGAACAGUUAUUCAUUUCAACAACCCCAAAGUCCAAGCUUCCCUCUCCGCUAACACCUUUGCAAUUACUGGUCAUGCAGAAGCCAAACCAAUCACAGAAAUGCUUCCUGGAAUAUUAAGUCAGCUUGGUGCUGACAGCUUAACAAGCCUUAGAAAGUUAGCUGAGCAGUUCCCACGGCAAGUAUUGGAUAGUAAAGCACCAAAACCAGAAGACAUUGAUGAAGAAGAUGAUGAUGUUCCAGAUCUUGUAGAAAAUUUUGAUGAAGCAUCGAAAAAUGAAGCUAACUAAAAUCUUCUGGGUUUUGGAAGCUGGCAUGGACUAGAUUUAACAAUCAGCUCUGUUGUUCCAAAGUUUUACAGACAUGGAGAACAUCAUCUGUUACUAGUUCAGUAAUAUAAAUAUUUUGUAUAUUAAUAAUGCUGUUUGAUCAGCAUUUCUCGGUCAUUUGAUUUUGCAUUUUGCACUUCCCAGGAUCUAUUCUUUUGGUCAAAUAUGAAGUAUUGAUACACUUUGAGGGUGGUUUUUUGCUUUUGGGGGGGAACUUUUGGGUGUGUAUGUAUAUGUAUGUGUGUGGGUAUGUGUGUACACGGUGGACAGAAAAUUGGAUAACAGUUAUAUCUAUCCUCUUCCUUCCCCCAAUAGAAAUAAAACAAAUCUUUACAUUUGUUA